CUUGCCUGUCUCCCUCUGUGUAUGUGAAUGGGCGGGUCCACUGGUCCACUCAGCUUUGGAUCUUGUGUAUUGUCCCUAACGGCCAUUUGUUCUAUAAAUUCUAAAUAGCAUCUGUGUGGGCAGCACAAGGGCCACAUGCCAUGCUUGGGUGGCUGCUGAAGGCAGACGCGGAGCUCGCUGCAUAGUCACCUCAAGCUGCUGCUGCUGCUGCUGCUGGGGGAGCUGCACAAUCUGGGGGUAGGGCAGUUCAACCUUCUCACAGCCCAGGACUUGUCGGAGGCUGCACAUCUGAAGCAGUGGGAGUGAGAGUGGAUCAGAGGGAGAGCUCCUGCCAGUGAGCUGCGUGAGGAGGAUGAGGCUGCUGGGGAGCCUGCGGGGCUGCUGGGCACUUACACUGCUCCUGUGUGUCAGCUCCACUCACACCGCCGCCGAGAAAGAUGCGCCGCCCGCAGAUAGCGCCAAGGAGCCCAGAGCCAGCAGAGCCAAGAGGAGAGGCGGAGGCACAGGCGCACCGCACGAUGUACUCAAAGGGCCCAAUGUUUGUGGAUCGCGGUACAAUGCUUACUGUUGUCCUGGAUGGAAAACGCUUCCUGGAGGGAACCAAUGUAUUGUCCCUAUUUGUCGGCAUUCUUGUGGGGAUGGUUUUUGCUCUCGGCCAAAUAUGUGCACUUGUCCCACUGGACAGAUAGCUCCAUCAUGCGGAUCCAAGUCUAUCCAGCAGUGUAACAUCAGAUGUAUGAACGGAGGAACCUGCAGUGAUGAACAGUGUCAUUGCCAGAAGGGAUAUGCAGGGGCACACUGUGGCCAUCCUGUCUGUGAACAAGGAUGCCUUAAUGGUGGAAGAUGUGUUGCACCAAAUCGCUGUGCCUGCACUUAUGGCUUUACAGGACCACAGUGUGAAAGAGAUUACAGGACAGGACCAUGUUUCACAGUUGUAAGCAACCAAAUGUGCCAAGGGCAGCUGAGUGGGAUAGUGUGCACAAAGACGCUAUGUUGUGCAACUGUUGGGAGAGCUUGGGGCCACCCUUGUGAAAUGUGCCCUGCCCAGCCACAUCCAUGCCGGCGUGGCUUCAUACCAAACAUCCGAACAGGAGCAUGUCAAGAUGUGGAUGAAUGUCAAGCAAUCCCAGGAAUGUGCCAAGGUGGAACUUGCAUUAAUACAGUUGGAUCUUUUGAAUGCAAAUGUGCAGCUGGACACCGGUUUAAUGAUAUAACACAAAAGUGUGAAGAUAUUGAUGAAUGCAGCAUUAUACCAGGAAUCUGUGAAUCGGGUGAAUGUGCAAAUACGGUUGGCAGUUACUUUUGCAAGUGCCCUCCAGGAUUUUACACUUCAGCUGAUGGUUCAAGAUGUGUAGAUAUCCGUCCUGGGUAUUGUUUCACUUCUUUAGCAAAUGGAAGGUGCAUCAACCAGCAACCACAAACAGUAACGAAAACGCAGUGUUGUUGUGAUUCAGGAAGAUGUUGGUCUCCAGGGCCGACAACUCCACCAGACAUGUGUCCAAUUCGUGGAACUGAUGAAUAUCGCAAACUGUGUAUAGUACCAGGUGUCCCUCCGAUUGGUCCAGAGUAUCCCCCCCUGGGUCCAAUUGAUGGCAUUCGACCAUUCCAACCCAUCUAUCCACCUCCAGUUUACCCAGGAUACCCAACCCGUGGCCCGUCUGUGGUUGUUGGAGUUAACGUGAGCCAGCAGCAGCAAAUAACAGAUUACUGUGCUCUGUUCCGUAACCUCUGUUUACACGGCCGCUGUAUUCCAACCCCUGGAAGUUACCGUUGUGAGUGUAACAAAGGCUUCACCUUGGAUGGUAGAGGAGAAUGCAUUGAUGUCGAUGAGUGUGAAAAUAAUCCAUGUCUCCAUGCUGAUUGUGUUAACACACCAGGAUCCUAUAUUUGCAAGUGCUAUCCUGGAUUUCAGAGUACAUCGACCCGGACAGAGUGCAGAGACAUUGAUGAGUGCUUACAAAAUGGAAGAAUCUGUAAUAACGGGCGAUGUGUGAACACAGAUGGAAGUUUUCACUGCGUGUGUAAUGCAGGCUUUCAAGUUUCAGCUGAUGGAAAAAAUUGUGAAGAUAUGGAUGAAUGCAGUGUGCGGAACAUGUGCCUAAAUGGCAUGUGCAUUAAUGAAGAUGGAAGUUUCAAAUGUAUCUGCAAACCCGGCUUCCAACUUGCUCCAAAUGGGCGCUUCUGCACAGAUAUUGAUGAGUGCGAGACGGCCGGCAUCUGUAUGAAUGGACACUGUGUUAAUACCGAGGGUUCCUUUAGGUGCGAGUGCUUCCCUGGUCUUGCAGUUGGACUUGAUGGACGAGUAUGUGUUGACACGCACAUGAGAAGCACGUGCUAUGGAGGCUACAAGCGGGGUCAAUGCGUCCGACCAUUGUUGGGAGCAGUCACAAAGUCCGAGUGUUGCUGUGCCAGUACUGAUUUUGCCUUUGGAGAGCCAUGCCAGCCUUGCCCUGCAAAGAUGUCAGAAGAGUAUCAAGCUCUGUGUAGCAGUGGACCUGGCAUGACAUCUGUAGGAACUGAUAUCAAUGAAUGUGCAUUGGACUCUGAAAUCUGUCCAAAUGGAAUUUGUGAAAAUCUUCGUGGAACCUACAAAUGCAUCUGUAAUGCAGGAUAUGACGUGGCUAUAACUGGGAAAAGUUGUGUUGAUAUUGACGAAUGUGCCUUGAACACGCUGCUCUGUGAUAAUGGACAGUGUCGGAAUACCCCAGGAAGUUUCUCCUGCACCUGCCCAAGUGGAUUUGUCUAUAAACCUGACCUUAAAACGUGUGAAGAUAUUGAUGAAUGCGAGUCCAAUCCCUGCAUUAAUGGGGUAUGCCGCAAUAUCCCAGGCUCCUUUGUGUGUGAAUGUCCCACUGGAAGUACCCUGGAUAAAACAAAGACAAUUUGCAUUGAAACCAUAAAAGGCACCUGUUGGCAGAACAUUGUGAAUGGAAGGUGUGAGAUCAACAUUAAUGGGGGGACUCUGAGAUCCCAGUGUUGUUCCACUCUAGGAGCAGCUUGGGGAAGUCCCUGCAUGCCCUGUGAAGCAGAUCCUGUCUGUGCAAAAGGCUUUGCCCGGUCCAGAGGCACAACAUGUGAAGAUGUUAAUGAGUGUGAUGUAUUUCCUGGAUUGUGCACUAAUGGCCAGUGUGUUAACACAAUGGGAUCCUUUGUCUGUCAAUGCCCAAGUGGAAUGACGCUGGAUGCUUCAAAACGCACAUGUCUUGACAUCCGCCUUGAGAUCUGCUACCUAAAACAUGAAGAUGAAGAAUGCAGUGCUCAAAUUGCUGGUCGGCACAGGAUGGAUGCAUGUUGCUGUUCUGUGGGUGCUGCCUGGGGCCCUGACUGUGAUGAGUGCCCUGAGAAAGGAACAACUGAGUUUGAAACUCUAUGCCCCAGGGGGCCAGGCUUUGCUUCUAAGGAGAUAGCACCUGGAAAAACAUUCUCUAAAGAUAUCAAUGAAUGCAGAAUGAUCCCGAGUCUGUGCAAGUAUGGGAAGUGCAAAAACACUAUAGGCAGUUUCAAGUGUAGGUGUGACAAUGGAUUUGCUCUUGAUGCUGAGGAAAGAAACUGCACAGAUAUUGAUGAAUGCCGAAUAUCUCCUGAUGUCUGUGGACAAGGCAACUGCGUUAACACUCCAGGAGAUUUUGAGUGUGACUGCUUUGAAGGAUACGAGAGCGGCUUUAUGAUGAUGAAGAACUGUAUGGAUAUUGAUGAAUGUGAGAGAAACCCCCUGUUGUGCCGUGGUGGUAUCUGCCUGAAUACUGAAGGAAGCUUUAAAUGUGAAUGCCCUCCUGGGCAUGAAGUGGCCCCAGAUAAUUCUGCAUGUAUAGAUAUCAAUGAAUGUGAGCUCAGUACUGAUCUCUGCAGACAUGGCAGAUGUAUAAACCUCAUUGGCAGAUACCAGUGUGCCUGUGAGCCUGGAUAUCAGUUAACACCAGAUAAACUGUCUUGUGUUGACACUAAUGAGUGUGAUUUCUUCAAUGGGGGCUGUGACACCUUCUGUACCAACUCUGAAGGAAGCUAUGAGUGCCACUGCAGAGACGGCUUUGCUCUAAUGCCUGACCACCGAUCAUGUACUGAUAUUGAUGAGUGUGAGACAAAUCCAAAUAUCUGUGAUGGGGGUCAGUGUACCAACAUUCCCGGAGAAUACAGGUGUUUGUGCUUCGAAGGAUACAUGGCAUCAGAUGAUAUGAAAACUUGCUUGGAUGUUGAUGAGUGUGAACUCCACUUGAACAUCUGUCUUAGCGGAAGUUGUGAAAACACUAAAGGUUCCUUCAUCUGCCAUUGUGAUCCUGGUUAUUCUGGCAAAAAAGGACAAACUGGAUGCACAGAUAUCAAUGAGUGUGAGAUUGGAGCCCAUAACUGUGACCGUCACGCCACCUGUACAAAUACUCCAGGGAGCUUCAAAUGCAGCUGCAGUCCAGGAUGGGUAGGAAAUGGAAUCAAAUGCUCGGAUCUUGAUGAAUGCUCAAAUGGAACACAUCUGUGUAGCCCAAAUGCUGACUGCAAAAACACAAUGGGAUCAUACAGAUGUUUGUGCAAAGAAGGAUAUGUCGGGGAUGGAUUUACUUGCACAGAUGUUGAUGAGUGCUCAGAAAAUCUGAAUCUGUGUGGAAAUGGCCAGUGCCUAAACACCCCAGGAGGAUACCGCUGUGACUGUGACAUGGGAUUCUUACCAAGUGUGGAUGGGAAGGCAUGUGAAGAUAUUGAUGAAUGCACUUUACCCAACAUCUGUGUGUUUGGAACAUGCCGAAACCUUCCUGGCCUGUUCCGCUGUGACUGCGACACAGGCUACGAGCUGGACAGAACUGGGGGUAACUGCACAGAUGUGGAUGAAUGUUCUGAACCAACAAUGUGUAUCAGUGGUACUUGUCAGAAUACUCCUGGCAGUUACACCUGUGAAUGCCCUCCAGAUUUUGAGCUGAACCCAACAAGGGUUGGAUGUGUUGAUACCAGGUCCGGAACUUGUUAUUUGGAUGUGAAACCACGGGGAGAUAAUGGAGAUGUGUCCUGCAGUAAUGAAAUUGGAGUUAGUGUUCCAAAGGCUUCUUGCUGUUGCUCUCUUGGAAAAGCCUGGGGGACACCAUGUGAACUGUGUCCAGCUGUAAACUCAAGUGAAUAUAAAGUCCUUUGUCCUGGUGGUGAAGGAUUUAGACCAAAUCCUAUUACAGUUAUCUUGGAAGAUAUUGAUGAAUGCCUGGAGUUGCCUGGUCUCUGUCAGGGUGGAAAGUGUAUCAACACGUUUGGUAGCUUCCAAUGUCGCUGUCCACCUGGCUACUACCUUAAUGAAGAGACCCGUGUUUGUGAUGAUGUCAAUGAAUGUGAUCAGCCUGGCAUUUGUGGACCUGGAACAUGCUUUAACACUGUUGGAAACUAUACCUGCAUCUGUCCUCCUGAUUACAUGCAAGUAAAUGGAGGAAAUAAUUGCAUGGAUAUGAGAAGGAGUUUAUGCUUCAGAAACUAUUAUGCUGAAAACCAGACUUGUGAUGGAGAACUGCUUUACAACAUGACGAAAAAAAUGUGCUGCUGUUCCUAUAAUAUUGGCCGAGCAUGGCACAGACCUUGUGAGGAAUGUCCUUUGCCAAGUACAGAUGAAUUUGCAAGUCUCUGUGGAAGUGCAAGACCUGGAUUUUUGAUUGAUAUUUACACAGGGCUGCCUGUUGACAUUGAUGAAUGCAGAGAAAUUCCUGGUGUGUGUGAAAAUGGAGUUUGUAUAAACAUGGUGGGCAGUUUCAGGUGCGAAUGUCCCAUGGGAUUCUUCUACAAUGACAAGCUACUGAUAUGUGAAGAUAUUGAUGAAUGUCAGAAUGGACCUGUAUGUCAAAGAAAUGCAGACUGUGUGAACACCCCAGGAAGUUACCGCUGUGACUGCAAACCUGGUUACAAGUUUACAUCCACAGGCCAAUGUGUUGAUCGAAAUGAAUGCCAAGAAAUUCCAAACAUAUGCAGUCAUGGAGAAUGCACAGACACAACAGGAGGGUAUUAUUGUGUUUGUCACAAUGGAUUUAAAACAAAUGAAGAUCAGACGAUGUGCCUGGAUAUUAACGAGUGUGAACGAGAUCCUUGUGGAAACGGAACAUGUAAAAAUACUAUUGGUUCUUACAACUGUCGCUGCUUUGAUGGGUUUAUAUUGUCCCACAAUAAUGACUGCAUCGAUAUUGAUGAAUGUACCACACUUAAUGGUCAGCUGUGCAGGAAUGGACAGUGCAAUAAUACCGUUGGAUCUUUUGUGUGCCUGUGCAAUGAGGGGUAUGAAAAGGCUUCUGAUGAAAGAACAUGUCUUGAUAUCAAUGAGUGUGCCCUUGACCCUGGCAAAUGUGCACCAGGAACUUGUCAGAAUCUGGAUGGCGCCUACCGGUGCAUCUGUCCUCCUGGAUAUGUGUUGGAGGGUGACACAUGUAAAGACAUCGAUGAAUGUGUAGAGGAGCCUGAAAUCUGCGCUUUGGGUACCUGCAGCAAUGUGCCUGGGAGCUUCACGUGUCUCUGCCCAGAAGGCUUUGUGCUGUCAUCUACAGGAAAAAGAUGUCAAGAUUUAAGAGUAAGUUUCUGCUUUACCAAGUUUGAGGAUGGACAGUGCACUUCUCCCAAAGCUCGAAAUCACUCUAAACAAGAAUGUUGCUGUGCCCUUAAUGGAGCAGGAUGGGGCACUCCAUGUGAACUGUGUCCUGUGGAUGGAGAUGCCGCCUUACAGCAGAUUUGCCCCUUCGGAAUGGGAGUAAUAGUCGGACCAGAUGAUGAGCGAGUUGAUAUGGAUGAAUGUAUUGAUCCAGACAAAUGCAAAAAUGGACAGUGUAUUAACACAGAUGGCUCUUAUCGGUGUGAAUGCUCCUUUGGAUAUGUUCUCUCAGUAGAUGAAUGCAUAGAUAUCGAUGAAUGUUCUGUGGGAAACCCUUGUGGGAAUGGGACCUGCAAGAAUAUUAUUGGUGGAUUUGAGUGCACUUGUGAGGAGGGCUUCGAGCCAGGUCCAAUGAUGUCCUGUGAAGAUGUUAAUGAAUGUGCUCAGAAUCCUCUGUUAUGUGCAUUCCGAUGUGUCAAUACUUAUGGAUCUUAUGAAUGCAAGUGUCCAGCAGGAUAUGUUCUGCGGGAAGACAAAAGAAUGUGCAAAGAUCAAGACGAGUGUGAAGAUGGAACUCAUGAUUGUGAAUCUAAACAAAUGACGUGCAAAAACCUCAUUGGAACAUACAUGUGCAUAUGUGGCCCUGGAUAUCAGCGUAGAUUGGAUGGGGAGGGAUGCAUGGAUCUGAACGAAUGCCUAAAACCAGGAAUUUGUGAUAAUGGAAAGUGUGUGAACACAAUGGGAAGUUACAAAUGUGACUGUCUUGAGGGUUUCAAUGCGAGUGCUACUGAAACAGAGUGCAUUGACAACAGGCUGGGCUAUUGCUUCACUGAAGUAUUACAUACCAUGUGCCAGAUCGGCUCCUCCAACAGGAAUUCAGUUACCAAGUCGGAAUGCUGUUGUAACUCAGGGAGAGGCUGGGGUAUAAACUGUGAGAUUUGCCCCUUCCAAGGCACAGUUCAGUUUAAGAAGCUCUGUCCUUAUGGUAAAGGGUUCACCACCGGCGGAGAAGAUAUUGAUGAGUGUCAAGUGCUUCAUGGUAUCUGCCGCAAUGGACAAUGCGUUAACGAGAGAGGGACAUAUCGGUGUGAAUGCAAUCCCGGUUAUACACCUGAUAUAACUGGUACAUCUUGCAUAGAUCUGGAUGAGUGCAGUCAGUCACCCAAACCUUGCAACUUUAUAUGUAAAAACACAGACGGGAGUUUCCAGUGUUCCUGCCCAAGAGGAUACAUUCUGCAGGAGGAUGGACGAAGCUGCAAAGACCUCGAUGAAUGUGCAACAAAACAACAUAACUGCCAGUUUAUUUGUGUUAACACCAUUGGAGGAUUCACCUGUAAAUGCCCCCCUGGUUUCACGCAGCAUCACACAGCAUGCAUUGACAACAACGAGUGUGCUUCAGAUGUUAGUCUAUGUGGAGCUAAAGGUAUCUGCCAGAAUACCCCGGGGAGCUAUUCUUGUGAUUGCCAGCGUGGAUUUACUCUGGAUCAGAGUGGAGCUGCUUGUGAAGAUGUUGAUGAAUGUGAUGGAAGCCAUCGUUGUCAACACGGAUGCCAAAAUAUAGUUGGAGGGUAUAGAUGUAGCUGCCCACAAGGAUAUCUUCAGCAUUACCAGUGGAAUCAGUGUGUGGAUGAGAAUGAAUGUCUGAAUGCCCAUGCCUGUGGAGGAGCCUCCUGCCACAACACUCUUGGAAGCUUUAAGUGCAUGUGUCCUACAGGAUUUCAGUUUGAGCAGUUUGCUGGAGCGUGCCAAGAUGUCAAUGAAUGCAGUUCUAGUCAAGCACCUUGCAGUUUUGGCUGUUCUAACACAGAAGGUGGCUACGUUUGUGGAUGUCCACCUGGAUAUUUCCGAAUAGGACAAGGUCACUGUGUAACGGGAGGAGGACUAAGUAGAGCUCAGGACAUGGCUGUCAGUGGGGAAAUAGAUGACAACUCUCUGUCACCUGAAGCUUGCUACGACUGUAAAAUAAAUGGCUAUCCUAAGAGAGGAAGGAAAAGAAGGAGCACUAAUGAGACAGCCCUAAAUGGCGAAGAGGAACAACUGGAACCCCCAGUUAGUCUUGAAAGUUGGGAUAUUGAAAAACCAUUAAUCCUAUCCUUCAACAUAUCUCACCUAAACAACAAAGAACGUAUUUUAGAGCUCACGCCUGCUCUAAAUACGUUAACGAACCACAACAGAUAUUUAAUAGACUCUGGAAAUGAAGAUGGACUCUUUAGAAUAAACCAAAAAGAUGGUAUAAGUUACUUACAUCUGACAAAGAAGAAGCCAGCGCCCGGUUCCUACUCCAUAGAGAUCAACAGUGUUCCUCUCUACAAGGAGAAAGAGCUUUUCCAGCUUGAAGAUAAACAUGACAGAGACUACCUCAGCGGGGAACUGGGCGACAUUCUUAAAAUGAAAAUUACAAUCCUACUCCAUUAAUUUUCCAGUCAAAGAAGAACCAAAUGAAAGCACAGAUGGACAGGUUGACAUGAAUGUUACCCUCGCUGAUUUGCCAAAGCCUAGGUACAAAACCUCAUAAAUGUUUUUUUCUAUUUUUUUAAAGAGCAUUUUCUUAUUUUCAUCUGUUGAGACAUGCAAGGUACAGGAUCAGAUUCCCAGCUCAUUACAACCACUUUCUCAGGCCUCUUGAAAAAUCGGAAUUUAGACCUGGGGACUUUUAUUUGGAAGUUGUGCUGAAAGAUUCGAGAAUAUCAGCACAGGGACUCAAAUUGAUCCUCUUGAUGGACUUCUCUAUUUUAUAAAUGAAAAUUUGAUAUAAAACCAACAACUCAAUCUGUCCAACCUUUAGAAUACAUUUUUUUUGGUGCUAGAAACUUUGGAAGUUUUUUUUUUUUUCCUUUUAAUAAAUGCACUGUAAUAUUUACACAACUUAAAAGCCAACAGUUACUCUGUGUAAACAUCUACAAUUUACAACUCAACCAAAGUUAGCUCUAGUUUAUCUCAGUUAUCUUUAUAUGUCAUGUAAAUGACAUGUGUGUAUACUGUAAUCAUGCCUUUAUUUAUCCUCAAAGCAUCUGUAAAGUAGAUGGUAACCCGUCAGUCAGGGUUUGUUUUUUCAUUUUAACGGUGCUUGUAAACGACCAACUACUUGUUAAACGUAUACACAAACCUAGUGGUGCAACUUCUGUGACUAGGUAAUGCACUGAGGUCAGGUGACCAUACAUGAUUGACAGAUUAUCAGUGCCGUCUUACAAUAUGACAUUACAUUGCACAUCAGGAGUACCCAGAGGCGUUUGAACAAAGGGCUCAAUGUCAUAAAAGUUACAAUAAAUCAGUAUUAUUAUUUGUAAUAUUGCAUUUUAUUACUUGACCAAGCCAAAGUAGCUUUGUUACACCCUGCUUUUUAAUUGUAUAACAUUUUCCAUUACUGUAUGUUUAGUUCAUCCAUUGAUGGAUAGAGGAAAAUCAAGACAAUAUGCUUUCUUGUGAUGUCCUGUGGUACUCAGUUUUGCCUAACCGAAAACACACAAAAAAAUGUCUUUCAUAUUUGUGAAAAAAGAAAAAUGUACAAAAUAAAUCAGCAAGCAGUUGCUGUGACUCUUACCAAUAAGAAUGUAUGAAGGAAAGUCUUCUUUGUGCAGAAGGUCACAUAGUAAUGCUGUACAUGCACACUGUAAAUUGUUCUGGCUUGUCAUUGUAUGGUAUUGUAAAGACUGCACACAAAUAAUAUUUCUGAUGAGCCAUACAGAGAAAUGUUAUUAUAUUGAACAAAUCUAUAAGCUUUGCACUAGGAAAGGUAUAUCCAUGGAAUAACAUUAAAUAAAAGGGUUAAGAAAAACCUCACCAGCUAUACUAUU